AGGGAAGGAAGAUUGUUACAAACAAGUGGAUCUACAAGAAGAAGGAAGGAAUCACUUCUAAAGAGGGCAUGAAAUUUAAAGCUCGGGUGGUUGCACGAGGCUUCUCGCAGAGGGAAGGAGUUGACUACAAUGAGAUUUUCUCACCAGUGGUCAAACAUACUUCGAUCAGAGUGCUACUAGCAAUAGUGGCACAUUAUGACUUGGAGCUCGAGCAGCUAGACGUGAAGACAGCUUUCCUACAUGGAGAGUUGGAGGAAAAAAUUUACAUGACUCAUCCAGAAGGAUUCGAGGUUCCGGGAAAAGAAGACUAUGUUUGUAAGUUGAAGAAGUCCUUGUAUGGACUUAAGCAAUCUCCGAGGCAGUGGUACAAGAGAUUUGACAGUUACAUGCUUGAGCUGGGCUAUAGCAGAAGUCCAUAUGAUUGUUGCGUGUAUCACAACAAGGUGGAGGAUGGUUCGAUGAUCUAUCUUGUUCUGUAUGUGGAUGAUAUGCUCAUAGCUGCGAGGUCGAAGUCUGAUAUCCAGAAGUUAAAGGGGCUUCUCAGUGCUGAGUUUGAGAUGAAGGAUUUGGGAGCUGCUCAGAAGAUCUUGGGUAUGGAGAUUUACAGGGACAGGUCGAAGAAGAAGCUUUUCUUGUCACAGAAGAGCUACAUCCAGAAGAUACUGUCGAGGUUUGGCAUGUCUUCAGCAAAGCCCUUAAAUACUCCUAGUGCUUCAAAUGUUCAUCUAUCCUCAGCUUAUGCACCGCAGUCAGAGGCUGAGAAGGAAUACAUGUCGAGAGUCCCAUAUGCUAGUGCAGUAGGUAGCUUGAUGUACGCUAUGGUAUGCACUAGACCUGAUCUUGCACAUGCUGUUAGUGUUGUCAGUAGAUUUAUGAUACAACCUGGGAAGGAGCAUUGGCAGGCUGUGAAGAGGAUGUUCCGGUACCUUAAGGGUACACCUGAUGUGGGGAUUAGCUUCGGAAGUGAUACAGAGUGCUUGGUGUCUGGGUAUUCUGACUCGGACUAUGCUGGAGAUGUUGACACGAGGAGAUCGAUGACCGGUUAUGUAUUCACUCUUGGGAGUUCUGUAGUGAGCUGGAAGGCAACUUUGCAGUCGGCGGUGACAUUGUCUACUACUGAGGCAGAGUAUAUGGCGUUGACAGAAGCUGCUAAGGAGGGAAUAUGGUUGAAGGGACUGGUUGGUGAUCUUGGUCUACAUCAUGAUCAGGCACUGGUGUAUUGCGACAGUUUGAGUGCAAUAUGCUUGGCCAAGGAUCAAGUCCACCAUGAGAGGACUAAGCACAUCGACGUGAGGUAUCAUUUCUUGAGGACAGAGAAGAGGAUUAAGGUGAAGAAGGUUGGCACCGCGGAUAAUCCUGCUGAUAUGUUCACGAAGCCGGUUCCACAUGGCAAGUUCCAACACUGCUUGGACUUGCUGAAUGUCUUGAGUGGGUGACUCCGCCCUGCGGGGCAUUGAUGGCGGGAGAGAGAUAGAAGGAGCAGAGUACAUCAGAGAUUUCAGACGAAGAGGAUUCAAGUCAAGGUGGAGAUUUGUUGAUGUGACUUGAAUCGGACUAUCAGCCGCUACGACUGGUAAUCGGGGGUCUCGCUCGCCCGUGGACGUAGCUAACACACAUCGUGUUAGUGAACCACGUAAAUCGUGUGUCGUGUUUUCGAUUCUCGCUUUCGUAUUCUUGCUUUGUCGAUUCCUGCGAUUUCCCGAUCCGUAGCAGCGCGUUUAUAACAAUAACAUUUUCAUUGUUAAGCAACCUCUCCCAUCAUUGCACACAAAUUGGAAGGUCUAGCUGCGAUUGCAAGUAAGUUUAUUAGGGUUAAGCUGAUAAAAGCUUUAAGGCAUAACGAUUCUUAACAAUUGAGAUUUUGUUAACGACAGGUCGCUAAAUAAAUUAAUAUGUCUCGACUUAGCAAGCCAUCCUCAAGUCAAGAAACGACUAGUGCAUCCUUUCCAAGUUCGAUUGACUAUUUUCCUACAUAUGUAUAACAAUUUCCGUCAAACAAGACCCUGUAGUAGUUAUCAGUUAAACCUUAAAUCACCAUAACCUAAUAUUGACAAUUUUCCUACAUGCACCCUUUCCAUCCAAAUUUUAUAACACUUUAAGCAUCGACUCUCUACCUCAUUCUCAUUCCUUAUGUCGAAACCGGGCCGCUCAAUUAGUACGAUAUUGUCCGCUUUGGGCCAAGCCCGCACGGAUUUACCUUUGGGUGUCCUCCCCAAAAGACCUCGUACUAAUUGGGCUAGGUUGACUCUUAUAUACAAGGGUCUCUUCCCUUGUAUUACCGAUGUGGUACUUGGAUUGCCCCAUAACACCUUACAAGUACAAUAUUUGUGAAAGGAUCUUGAAUACACAUCACUUUCAAAAACUACUGAUUCAGGCCUAAUUGUACAUAUUUUACCCCCGUUUUCCUUAGGCGUUUGUGGCAAUUGUGCUCCUAAAAGGGUGAUUUUACGCCAGGUGUCUUGUGUUUUAGAAUGUUUCAUGAUUUAACAGGUGAAACAAGCCCCAGAGUCGGAAGUAGGACGAAAAGGAGCGAAAACCGGGAGAAGAGGUGAAAAACCGGCAGUUCACAGUUUCUCUUGGAAGUUCAUGGUUUGCUAAGACCGUGAAGAGGAGCUAUUGCCUGUGAACAUCUAGGCGUCGAGGGCAAAUUCUAAAGUUACUGAGCUGAGUGAGUUCAUGGUCACUAGGACCGUGAACUGGAGCUGUUGCCCGUGAACCUGUGCAAGCGAAGCGGUGCGUUUCGACGCCAACCUUGAGUUCACGAACGCGUUCAAGAGUUCACGGCCGUGAACUGAGGCCAUGAACUGAGCCCGAUCCUUGUUUAAAAGGAGAACUGAAAGGAAGAGAGAGCCCAAGAGUGAGAAAGUGUCUUCUUCUUCAGAUUUUAGAGAGAGAAAGAACGAACCAAAGAAAAAAGAAGGCUAGGGUUUGCUCCAAGUGGUGAAUUGGGAAGAUUCUCCCCAAGAGAAGAUCAACACAAGCUCAAAGGAGAGUGGAGGCAUCACCAUGAUGGUUUCUACCUCUUCCUCUUGUGUUCUUCCCCUUUCUAGCAUGGAGUAGUUUCAUUUUUCACUUGGGUGUUGUGAAACCCUAACUAUUUGACAUGUAGUUGUUAUGUGAAUUGAAUGAUUGUUUAUGGGUGUUGUUUGAUUCAAGGAUUGAGGUAUUUUUCAUGUUGAUUGUGCAUGUCCGUGCUUAGCAAUCUAAUUGGCCAUUCUAACCUAGAUUAGAGGGGAAACCCCCCUUUAAAGGGAGGCUCAAUUGAGUUGGGAUUCCUAGGACUUCUUAAGCCACCUAUCUAGGUUAGUGUAGGGUAAACCUCUAUGUUGAAUUAAAAAAUUUGGUUAAGC